AUGGAGAGAAUCAUACAGCAGACUGACUAUGAUGCGUUGUCGUGCAAAUUAGCUGCUAUAUCAGUCGGAUAUCUUCCUUCAAGCGGCCUGCAAAGAUUGUCGGUGGACCUAUCCAAAAAGUAUACAGAAUGGCAUCGCAGCUACUUGAUUACUCUCAAGAAAUUUAGUAGGCGAGCUUUUGGAAAAGUAGACAAAGCAAUGCGGUCUUCCUUCCCGGUAAUGAACUAUGGGACAUACUUGCGUACUGUGGGGAUAGACGCGGCCAUAUUGGAAUUUUUGGUUGCAAAUGAGAAGGUUCAAGUGGUAAAUUUAGGUUGCGGUUCCGAUUUACGAAUGCUGCCCCUGUUACAAAUGUUCCCUCAUUUAGCUUAUGUGGACAUUGACUACAACGAAUCAGUAGAAUUGAAGAAUAGUAUUUUGCGUGAAAGUGAGAUUUUGCGUAUCUCCCUCGGUUUGUCAAAGGAAGAUACAGCAAAAUCACCCUUUUUGAUUGAUCAAGGAAGAUAUAAACUUGCUGCUUGUGAUUUGAACGAUAUCACUGAAACAACCCGUUUGUUAGACGUAUGCACUAAGCGCGAAAUACCCACUAUCGUAAUAUCUGAGUGUCUUUUGUGCUACAUGCAUAAUAAUGAGUCUCAAUUACUAAUAAAUACAAUCAUGUCGAAGUUUUCACAUGGACUAUGGAUAUCCUACGAUCCAAUUGGUGGUUCUCAACCGAAUGACCGAUUUGGCGCCAUUAUGCAGUCCAACUUGAAAGAAUCAAGGAAUUUGGAAAUGCCCACGUUGAUGACGUAUAAUUCUAAAGAGAAAUACGCUUCGAGAUGGUCUGCGGCUCCCAACGUUAUUGUCAAUGACAUGUGGGAAAUUUUCAAUGCACAGAUUCCCGAAUCUGAAAGAAAAAGGCUCAGAUCAUUACAGUUCUUGGACGAAUUAGAGGAAUUAAAGGUUAUGCAAACUCAUUAUAUCCUUAUGAAGGCUCAGUGGUGA